AUGGAACCCCCGGUACAAGAACCAGCUGAAGAGGAAAAAGAAUAUCGUUGGCCAGCCCUUGAGAGUGAUCCAGAGAUCUUUACUUCCUAUAUGUCCAAGUUAGGUAUGAGCGAUGACUGGAACAUCUGUGAGAUCUUUGGAAUGGAUGAUGAUUGCCUUAGCUUUGUCCCAAGACCAUGCGUAGGAGUCAUUGUUACAUUUGAGAGAACCGAAAAUAGAGAUGAUGGCAAACAAGGUGAUGGAACUUCAUCUACUUUAGUACCAUUCUAUAUGAAACAAACUAAAACUUUGGAUAAUGCUUGAGGGAUUAUCGCCUGCUUGCAUGCUAUUAUGAAUCAUACUUCAGAUAUUUCUCUAACAGCAGAUUCUAUCUUGGAUAAGUUCCAAAAAGAAACUGCGGAUAAAACUGCUGAAGAAAGAGCUACUUAUUUGGAAGAAUUUAAGGAAUUCCAAGAGGAACAUAAGAGUCAUGCUUCCCAAGGACAGACUGAAGCUCCAACAAGUAGUAAGAAAGUCUUACAUCACUUCGUUGCUUUUAUCAUGAACUCAGCAAAUCAAUUGGUUGAACUAGAUGGUACUAAAGAUGGUCCAGCUGUUAUUCAGGAUGACUGUGAAGAUCUACUCAAAGGAGUUGCUACUGAACUCCAGAGAAGACUAGCAGAUGGGAACAUUACAGAAUCGUUAUCCAUGAUGGCUCUUUCUAAAAAGGCAUAA